AUCUGAAACUUGGAUCUCUCCCCAUAAAGGUAAAACCUUUUAGUCUGCUAAAAUUGAUCGAUUUGUGCUAUUUCAAAUUGGGUUCGUUCAUGAGUUUUGAUAAUUUUUGUUUUUCAAUUUGAACUAGAUUUCAUGGCAUCUUUGUUUAAUCCUCUUUGUAUUGGCUUGAUUUCUGUGGAAUAAUGAGCCUGAGGAAUUCAUACCCAUCUGCAAUAGCUUUUGCACCGUCUUGUCUGUAAUUAAAGUUUAAAACUUUAGAAAUAUAUGGUUUGUAAUUUCAGUGUUGAAUUGAAAACUGUCUGUGCUGAUUGAGAUGAAUCGGUGGUAUAUUGAGAAUGGUUUCCGGGUUUAGUGGGAGAUGCGUGGAUGGUGUUGAGUAUAGAGUUUACUUGUUAGAUGAUGAUUGUGUCAUGUGAUCUUUCACUACAUUGCAGUAAAGCUUACCUUUUUGGUUCUGUAUUAUAUCUGUGCAGGAUAUCACCUAGUUAGCUAUCGCAGUUGUUUGCUUUGAUUUGAUUUGAUAUUUGAUUCAGUAAUGGAUAAUACCACACUGCCAGAGUGCUCUGUUCCCGAACAUGUCCUCCAGGCGCUUUUGAGUGUGUCAAACUCAUCUAAACUUGUAGACUCGUUGGAAGAUUUAGUACAAGUUUGUAAAACGGCUGAUGGUCGUGAAGACCUUUCCGCUAAGAAUGUUCUUCCGACAGUUAUACAGCUUGUUCAAUCUCUCUCGUACCCUUCUGAUCACUACCUUCUGACCUUGUCUUUAAGGCUUCUAAGAAACCUGUGUGCUGGGGAGGUGGCAAACCAGAACUCAUUUGUUGAACAAAAUGGAGUGGCAAUCAUAUCCAAUAUUUUGAGUUCUGCAAGUUCUCUGGAGCCGGAUUUUGGGAUUAUUUGUGUGGGCUUGCAAGUUUUAGCUAAUGUUGCAUUGGCUGGAGAACGACAGCAGCAUGCAAUUUGGCAGCAACUCUUCUUAGAAAAUUUUGUUGCUCUUGCAAGAGUCCGUAGCCAGAAGACUUGUGGUCCGCUAUGUAUGAUUAUCUACGCUUGUUGUGAUGGAACCCCUGAACUGGUUGCACAGCUUUGUGGUGAUUGUGGAGUGACUAUUGUGAAAGAAAUUGUUAAGACUGCUGCUGCAGAUGGUUUUGGAGAAGAUUGGUACAAAUUGCUUCUUUCAAGGAUCUGCUUAGAGGAACCUUACUUCCGGCCACUCUUCUUUAGUUUACAACAUGUUGGUGGAAAUGAGAAUGGCGACGAUACUGAAGGUGGGCAAGAGUCUUUCUUGGAAGAGCAAGAAUUUUUGUUGAAAAAUGUAUCAGAGAUUUUGAAUGAGCGUCUGAACGAGAUAACUGUUCCCGACGAUUUUGCUUUGUGUGUUUUUGGAAUAUUCAAGAACUCCAUUAAGGUCCUUAGUUAUGCAACAAGAGGCAGGUCUGGACUUCCAACAGGCUCUAUUGACAUUGAUGUCCUGGGAUACUCGCUCACUAUCUUGAGAGAUAUAUGUGCCCAAGGGACACUAAGAGGAUGUACAGUGGAUACCAUGGAUGUUGUGGAUGCUUUGAUCUCCUAUGGUCUCAUUGAAUUACUUCUGUGUUUGCUUCGUGACCUUGAGCCGCCAGCAAUAAUAAAGAAAUCUGUCAACCAAGCCAAGGACCAAGAAGGAUCAAAUUACUCUGCUUCAAAACCAUGUCCAUAUAAAGGUUUUCGGAGAGACAUAGUUGGAGUCAUCGGCAAUUGUUUAUAUGGAAGGCAGAUUGUGCAAGAUGAGAUUAGGAGAAAAGAUGGGCUACUUUUGCUGUUGCAACAAUGUGUAACAGAUGAUGAUAACCCCUACUUAAGGGAGUGGGGAAUUUGGUGUGUCAGGAACUUGUUGGAGCGGAACCAAGAAAAUCAACAGGCGGUGGCUGAAUUGGAACUUCAAGGGUCUGUUGAUGUGCCUGACCUUGCUCGAUUAGGUCUCCGAGUAGAGAUGAACCCGGCAACUGGACGUCCAAAGCUUGUUAAUAUCUCAUGA